GAGCCAGUGCGCUACCGCAGUGCUUGGUGCUGGCGGCCGCCGAGGGCCGCAGCCAUGGCUGAUACUGCUGCCCCGCCGCCUCCUGCUGCCCCCACUUCGGGGCUGCCGGCUGUCCCCGGUAGCAACCCCUUGUCCCGCAAGCUUAACAAGAUCCUGGAGACUCGCCUGGACAACGACAAGGAAAUGCUGGAGGCACUCAAGGCUCUCUCGACUUUCUUUGUUGAAAACAGUUUGCGCACCCGAAGAAACUUGCGUGGAGACAUUGAACGACGAAGCUUAGCCAUAAAUGAGGAAUUUGUCCACAUAUUCAAGCAAGUUAAAGAGGAGCUUGAGAGUAUAAAUGAAGAUGUGCAGGCAAUGAGCAGCUGCUGUGAAGAUAUGUCCAGUCGUUUGAAGGCAGCAAAGGAACAAACCCAGGACUUGAUAGUAAAAACCACAAAACUCCAGGCAGAGAAUCAGAGACUAGAAAUGAAAGCACAAAUUGCAGAUGCAUUCAUAGCAAAAUUCCAGCUGACACCAGAUGAAAUGAACCUCCUUCGAGGCACGAAAGAUGAGCCAAUUACUGAGGAUUUUUUCAAGGCAUUGGGAAGAGUAAAGCAAAUCCAUGAUGAUGUCAAGAUUCUCCUCCGGACAAAUCAGCAAAGGGCAGGCUUGGAAAUUAUGGAACAGAUGGCUUUGCUGCAAGAGACAUCUUAUGAACGGCUUUACAGAUGGACUCAAAAUGAAUGCAGAAGUUUGACACAGGAAUCAUGUGACAUUUCUCCAGUUCUUGCUCAAGCCAUGGAAGCCUUACAAGAUAGACCUGUCCUGUAUAAGUACACAUUGGAUGAGUUUGGAACAGCUAGGAGGAGUGCUGUAGUCCGAGGCUUUAUAGAUGCUCUUACAAGAGGAGGUCUGGGAGGUACUCCCCGCCCUAUUGAAAUGCACUCCCAUGAUCCUCUGAGGUAUGUAGGAGACAUGUUGGCCUGGUUGCAUCAAGCUACAGCUUCUGAAAAAGAACACCUGGAAGCUAUGUUAAAGCUUGUAACCAUUCAAGGUGUGGAAGAAAAUAUUCAAGAAGUAGUUGGGCACAUCACAGAAGGUGUCUGCAGGCCUCUGAAGGUUAGAAUUGAGCAGGUGAUUGUGGCUGAGCCAGGAGCAGUUUUACUGUACAAGAUUUCUAAUCUUCUUAAAUUCUACCAUCAUACAAUCAGUGGUAUUGUAGGAAACAGUGCAGCCACACUGUUAACAACAAUUGAAGAAAUGCAUCUGUUGAGCAAGAAAAUAUUCUUCAAUAGUCUGAGUCUUCAUGCAAGUAAACUCAUGGACAAGGUUGAACUCCCGCCUCCUGAUCUUGGCCCAAGCUCUGCACUAAAUCAGACACUUAACUUGCUGCGGGAGGUUCUGGCAUCUCAUGAUUCAUCUGUAGUCCCACUGGAUGCCCGACAAGCUGACUUUGUGCAGGUUUUGUCUUGUGUGCUAGAUCCGUUGUUACAGAUGUGUACUGUGUCUGCUAGUAAUUUGGGCACAGCUGAUAUGGCAACCUUUAUGGUAAAUUCCCUUUAUAUGAUGAAGACUACUUUGGCUCUCUUUGAAUUCACUGACAAACGUCUAGAAAUGUUACAGUUUCAGAUUGAAGCUCAUUUAGAUACACUUAUAAAUGAACAAGCUUCCUACGUAUUAACAAGAGCUGGUCUGAGUUACAUAUAUAACUCUGUGCAGCAGCACAAACCAGAACAGGGUCCUCUUUCAAAUUUGCCAAGUAUGGAUUCUGUGUCCCUGAAGGUUGCAAUGGCUCAGUUUGAUCGAUACCUCUCUGCACCAGAUAGUCUCUUAAUGUCCCAGCUGAACUUUCUUCUGAGUGCCACUGUAAAGGAGCAGAUAAUAGAACAGUCAACAGAGCUGGUCUGCAGAGCUUACAGUGAGUUAUAUGCAGCUGUGAUGGAUCCUUCAAAUGAAUAUAAGGAUCCAGAAACCAUACUACACAGAUCUCCUCAUCAAGUUCAGGCACUCCUUUUGUAGUCUUGCUUUCCCAGGAUUUAUCAGAAUCCAUAAUUAUGUGUUUGUUAAGUAUUUGCAUCAAAUUAUUUUUCUGUUUUGAAUUUGGAUGUGUUAACUGUGUAGUUAAAAUAUGUAGGAAUGUGUUCUGUUUUCUGCUUAGCAGAAGUCUAGUCUGUCCUGCAUCUUCAAAUACCUUCUAUAGGCCAGUACAAUAGAAUAUAGAUGAAAAGUCAUUUUAAUGUGUUCCUCUAAUGGAAAUAGACCUUGACAAUAUGCAAUCUCUUUGAAAAAGGGAGUAAAGGAGAAAAAAGCUUUUCCCUUGCUGUACAUAAUCAUACCAACUGCAAAUUGCAAUAGUGUCUCUCUUACAACCUCACCAAUAUUUCUAUUUGCUCUGUUCUCUUUUUCUCAGCCUUAUCAUCAACAAAUGCUGAUAAGUAUAAUUUUAAUAGAACUGAUAUACUUUAAAUGUCUCAAGUGCAUCACUUUUACAUCUUACAAAUCAAGUCAGAAUAUUUGGUGCUGUUGGUUAAAUCUUUGGGGCAAAAUUUGUGUGCUUUUUUGGAAUCCAUUAUUGUUGUUGCUGGUUUGGGCAUUUUCUAUACAUAAUUUGUGGCUUAAUGCUUUACAUUAUUUGUAUAUUUUUGAUUUACUGGAAGGAUUUCGGUUUAUGACAAUGGUUCUGUAGGAAUCCUUCCAACAGUUGAAACUUGCAAAUGUGGUAAGGCUGGGAUCACUAAUAUUGGAGGUUAGAAAAGUGCAGUAUGGCCAUUCCUCAUUCACAUUUACUUGGUUUGUGUUUUGCUUUAAGUACAUAAAAAGUCCGCCUGCUCUAGUACAAGCUUUUAUUCUGUUAAUAAUUCACCACAAGAUUUUUGUGGUUUAUAUGUCUGCCGUGAUACUCCUAAAUAUUAUAGUUAAGUUCAACUGUGGCAGCCACAGGUUGUCCUGGGGACUGUGCAAGACAGCCAGAUUGUGUAGUUGUUCAGAGCUGAUGUUUAAAAAGCCAAGAGCGAAGGUUGAAUUUCUUUCCUUCUUCAGUGCAAAGCUGAACCUGCUCUGUGUAGAAAUCCUAGCUGUAUAGAGAGCUAUGAUUUAGGGGACCUUUGCUUCCAGUUAUAGAGGAAAAUAGAUAACUAGAACACUUGUUUUCUCUUGGGCCUUAUGAUCGUUUUCUGCAAAUACCUUAAACAUUCUUUUUGGAAAGCCUCGUUAUAGGAAGAAAAGUCAGGAAACAAAAUCUUAGUAAAAAGAUGGGGUGAUUUGUUUUUUGUUUCAGGGGGCAGAAUUGUGGGGUGUAUUUUUUCUGCUAGUUUGUUUUUAAAGGAUAAUUUAAGGUAACUGUUUUGUUGGAAGCAUUUGGGUUUUGUUUUUUAUCUCUUUGUUGUUGUAGGGGUGCCACAGAGUUACUAGAAUUGCCAGAGUUUACACUCAUAUUAGACGUAGCUUAUUUAUAUACAUCAAGGGGGAGAUGAGCAGUCAUUCAUAUUGAAUAACUUACAUAGUUUAUUUUUAUCAAUAUUCAUCAUAUUCAUAAUACUCAUCAUAUAAAAUAUAUAUACUUAGUGGCAGCCAAGUCUGCAGCUUAGUGUAUGCUUGCAAAAGAGCAAGAAAUAGGAAAGAGCAGCAGCAGUGUAUUUUAGUCUCUCAGAAAACUCAUUGCACAAGAUACAUCCAGCACAUUCAGAAAUCAGCGUCCUUGAUAAUACCACAAUAAAGCAAUAGCUCCUUUUCCGAAUGGGCAUAAUUUGUUGGUAUAAUAGAAAAAAAAAUUGAAAAUGUCCCUGGAGUUCUUGAAUCUGGCAGAAAUUCUUCUGUAAAUGCAAGUUAGAUUUAUUCUACUUAAGAAAUUCAACCCUGUAAGGAAAAAAAAAGUCUAAAAGCUAAGAAAAGCUUUGAUGAAAAAUUACACUCUUUUACUAGGUAAGGCACUUUGAGUCACUCCGAUUUUUGCAUUACCAUAGUAUAUAUUCAGAAGGUUGUUCAUUGUUGUUUAAUGAUCUUAAGAUUGCUUAAUAUUAAAUACUAUAUGAAAAUAAGAUCUACUGUGAAAGGAUUAUUAGCUUAUUAUUAGUGUAACAUACUCCUAAGAAUGAACUUUUUCCUGAAGCUACGCUCAACCUCAGUGUCCAAUAAUGUCAGUAAGUUUGCAUGAGGAUUAGUAACAAGUUGCUUCCUAUCUUUGAGUCCAUGCAGAGACUUACCCAUGAUUUUAUCUUCUCAUAACAAAAAUGUAAAGACUAUAAAAGCUAUAACUUAAUAAAAUUAAUUUUGGUCUGUGCAAUUAAAGUAAAUGACAAAGGGUCAGAAAUGAGAAAAGAAAUAAAUAAAAGCAUUUGAUUUACUGA